UCUGUGUACUGUCUGAAGGACAAAACUCCAAGGAAGUCUGUGGUAGGAAAGAGAAGAUAUAGUUUGAGUUCUGAGAGAUCUGAAACACAGCAGCGGUCAAGCCAAGGUUCAAGCCCCAAAAAGCGCAAACUGAGCGUAUAUACAUCGCAAAAUGAGGAGAGGGAAGUUGUUAAAAGGACGAGGGAUUGCCGGGCAGAGCAUCCAUCAAAGCGCUGGAACCAUACCAUGUGUUUAUGUGAUCCUGACACAGCUGUUCUGAUUGGUGGGGAGGCUGCAGAUCAAAACAACUGUACAGACACCAUAUGGAAGCUGGAGAUUGAUGGUGAUUUUUGGUUCCCCAUGACGACUUCUACAGUCAGGCCACUCCCUCCCAGCUCUCGAGGCCACUCGGCGGCCUUUGACCCUGAGAAUAAGGUCGUCUAUGUUUAUGGUGGCCUUAGAGAAGGUCAACGCUAUAGUGAUAUUUAUAUGCUGGAUACACUGACCUGGAAGUGGAAACUUAUUAAAGCCAAAGGAAAUGUCCCAUCGUUGGCAUACCACAGCUGCAGUAUUUAUAAGAGUGAGCUGUAUGUAUUUGGAGGGUUGCAGCCUAGUCGAGGUCCUGGAGGCAAAGCUUGCAGUAAUGCUCUUUACAUCUUCAACCCUGAACAUGAGCUGUGGUACCAACCAAUCGUGGAAGGGGACCGUCCUCUUCCCAGGUUUGGGCACUCCAGCACCCUACUGCCUGACAAAUUGGUGAUCUUCGGAGGCAGAAAAACCGCUGCCUACCUCAAUGACCUCUACGUUUUAGAUCUUGGUUUUAUGGAGUACAUUGCAGUGAAAUAUGAAAACAUGCCACCCCUUGCCCGUGGGUUUCAUGCUGCUCUGCCCAUGUCUGACAACAGGGUGCUGAUCAGCGGAGGCUGCAGUGCUUUAGGAGCACUACAAGAUCUCCAUCUCUUCAAUCUAGAGACCAACUGCUGGACGUCAGUGGUGUGUCCAUUGCUUUCCUCAAAGCCUCGUGCUGGACACAGUCUAAUCAGUCUGACCGGCACUGCGCCUUUACACACUGAUAAAAGGGACCCAGGAGAUGGCCAUCACACCUGGCCCUCCGCCCAGCACACCAUCUUAGUGUUUGGGGGCUCAGAUUGCACUGGCACAUUUUAUGAUGAUGCAGUCAAAUGCAUCAUGCAAAUCCCUGCUGAAGGACAGGGACUAGAUAUAAAACCAUCUCACAAGAUCGUAGUGCAUGGCUGAGGAACUUAACUGUUAAGUGGUGCAGAUUUUUAUUUGAAAAUUAUGAGAGAAAAUGGAACUUCGUCAUGAAGGCACUUUUUCUUUUUUAAAGUUAUUUAUAUAUUUAUUUUUAACAUUUUAUUUUAAAGCCAAUCUUACAGAUUUAAACAGCUGCUUGGCAGCUACUGUUUAUCUAAUACAAAUUCAGAUUUCUAGUUUCAGUAGUAAUUUCAGAGAUUAACACAACAAUUGUUAUUUUUGUCCAAUAAAUAUUUUUCCACCUAUUUAAAGGUACAUUAUAACUUUUUUUUUUCUUUCAAUUUUUUUUUAUUUUAAUUUUUUUUUAUUAUUUUUUUUAAAGUUUGAAACCUUGUCACAUUCACAGGUUUUUGUGUAACUUGUCUUUUUUGGUAUCUGAACAUAUUUUGGACAUAUU